AAGAACGAAAACUUUCUCAUUCUGAUUAUAAUUAUUUUCACUUUAUUAUUACGACUCUCUAGAAAUACAAUUUAAGUUACUUACUUACCUAUUAAUACUAUUGAAUCGUUGAUUUCCGUAUGGAUAGAUUUAUAGUCAGAGAGGCGAGAACAGGAACCGGUUUUUCACCGGGACAAAUGAUAGCAUUUGCGCAAAAUUCGCCGACUAAUAUGAUUCCGGACGGCGUAUAUUACGAGGGACAGCACGGGAGUAAAUUCCCCGGCAUGCAGCUAGGCACUGUGAAUGCUGCUGGAUUUAUGGGCAUUGUUCAUGCAAGCCCGUCGCCGUAUGCACAAGCCGGGAUGAAUGUUGCCAUGUCACCAGGCCAAGGGCAAUAUGUGUCUGGCAUAGAUCCGACGUACCUAACAGCUUAUUCUAGCAACAACGUUGCAUACAUUGCUAAUGGCGGAAUGGCGAUGGGUGAGACCAACCAGAGUUUCAGUGCGCCGUAUCAGAACCGCAAUUACGCCGGCGUUGACCGAAAUAAAUCUGUGGCUUUCAGUCCACAAGCUUCAGGCCACGGAGCAACAAGACAAACCGCUACAGUAAACUCCUUUGCCCCGGUAAUGCAAGAAAACGUACCUGCAGUUACUGAAAAGAUUCACUCCAAAGUAAAUGCAGAAGUGAAUAGACAACCUGCUACCAAAACAUCACUCAACGUGGUCAAAGCAAAACAAGAACGGGAAACUCCGAAGAAUCCUGAACAAACACUUGUUCUAACGCGCGCAGACCGCCUGAAGGCUAUACAUAAAGGCGGACCAAGAGCAUUUUCCGGGCCAGUGGAAAAGGUACUUAAAUGGCACAAGGCCCUUCAAGACAUCGGCGUAUUGGUUAUAUACGAGAUAGUUGCAAAAUGCGUGUCCGUGAAAUCUGGUGAUUCCUGCGCCAAACACCUGGUGAUCAGGGACUCGGGCGGGCCGGCCAUGCAGGCGCACUACUACGAGGUGGACUUCCUGCUGCCCGACCUGACGCCCCCUUGCACUGUUAGAGUGGUAGGCCGCAUGAUAGCCGGCUCGUGCCGACUGCAAGCGUUCAACGUGCGCUUAGCGAGCGGCGACGACGUGGCGACGUUGCCGCGCCGCGCCGCCGUCGCCGCGCACCACGUCGCCAAGCUCUGCAACGAGCUCAACAUACAAUUGCCAUGA